CCAUCUUGUUUGUCGAGCGUGUUUUGUUUUCCCUGCAUCAGUGUGUAUGUGAAUUGGCCGUGAUGUCGAGGAAAACAGCUGAGAGGUGUCAAACGAUGGCAUACAAAGCGAGGAUCCUUCAGCUGGAUGAAAUUCUCGACGAGGACGUGAUUGACCUGAAAAAGUUGAAGCGUUUUUGCUUUCAAGGUAUACCAGAAGACGCUGGCAAGCGGGCAUUAUGUUGGAAACUGUUGCUCAACUAUAUGCCACUUGAAAGGAAGACAUGGAGUUCUUUUCUGGCGAAAAAACGCGAAAUUUACAAGAAUUAUAUAGAAGAUUUAAUUGUGAUUCCCGGAGCGCAAGACAAUGACAUAGAAUCAGGGUUAGACCACCCACUUAACAUCAAACCAGAUAGCGCCUGGCAGACGUAUUUCAAAGACAAUGAAGUCCUGCUGCAGAUUGACAAAGAUGUGCGCCGUUUAUGUCCAGAUAUAUCGUUUUUUCAACAACCAUGCGAAUUUCCCUGCGAAGAGAUCGUGAACAGUGCGGAGGUUAAAAGGUUGCAUACUCGCGUGCAGCGAAGCGUGCUCAAAUGCGCGAAUGUCGAGCGCAAAGGUUUAGGCAUCACAAAGAUUGUUUUAUCGGUGAAAAAAGCCGCAGAAGACUAUGCACCCAUGACAGAAGGUCAGGAAGCUCACUGGGAAGUCGUGGAAAGGGUUUUAUUCCUUUAUGCGAAGCUCAAUCCCGGUCAGAGUUAUGUACAAGGAAUGAAUGAGAUUAUAGGACCGAUUUACUACACAUUUGCGUGUGAUCCUGACUUAUCAUCGCGUGAACAUGCUGAAGCCGAUUGUUUCUUCUGCUUCACGAAUCUGAUGUCAGAAAUCCGUGACUUUUUCAUCAAAUCACUAGAUGAGGCUGAAUGCGGCAUCAAUAACAUGAUGACGAAACUGUUGCUAACGCUGCGUAACUUUGACAACGCCAUCUGCGAGCGUUUCAACGAACAGAAGUUGUAUCCGCAAUAUUACAGCUUCCGGUGGAUUACACUUCUUCUCUCGCAGGAAUUUCCACUGCCGGACGUGCUUAGGAUAUGGGAUUCGUUAUUUUCGGAUGAGCAGCGGUUUCAGUUCUUGAUUUAUAUCUGUUGUGCCAUGAUUAUUUUGUGCAGAGAUAAAUUGUUAGAUGGUGAUUUUCCGUCCAAUCUGAAACUUCUCCAGAACGUGUGGUCCAUGGACGUGCAGAAGAUACUCAGUAAAGCUGUGGAAUUAUCACGGAGGAUUCAAGCCUAACCUCAAAGUAAGGUUAUGAGUAAUAUUACAUCAAAAAUGAUUUGUGUGAGAAUGAUUAAAGUCAAUAUUUCCAUUUCAAUAGAUAUAAAUGCAUAUCAAAACUCGACAUACAAAAUAUAUGCAAUAAACAAUGAUCACACAAGUCAUUUUUGAAGAUUUACACAAAAACAGUAAAAUAUCGUUUAAUUCUAAUAUUUAGAUCAUUUGUACUUCCUAUAAGUCAUCUCUAAGAUGAUAAAAUUUAUAUUUUUGCUUUAAUACUCAUAUUAUUUCUAUUUUUAAAUUUAUAAAAUUGCAAUACACAUAAAUAUGUCUAUACAAACUUUAAAA